CUGACCGACCUUAGAUAAUCCCGGGUUUAUGUAGCCAUGUCCCAUUCUUGUCUCUCCUCUCUCAAUGGUACAGUACGAAGUUCAAUGAGCUACUAGUUUAUUUCAGCCGCUUUAGGUCCGCUGCUGUGAAGAAGGCGCCGCUCGCUCCACAGCAUUGUUUGACUGAUCAGUCAGGUUCCUCCACCUGAACCUUGAGGUCAAAGGUCAACGAGCAUGGUGACCCGAAGGGUGCUAGUGACUGGGUGUUCUUCUGGCAUUGGCUUGGCUGUGGCCACACGGCUGGCCAAGGAUGAGCUCAGACGGUUUAAAGUGGUGGCCACAAUGAGAGAUCUUGGGAAACGGGGGCCCUUGGAGAAAGCAGCAGGUGAUUCCUUAAACAAAACCCUCGAAAUCAAAGAGCUGGAUGCCUGCUGUGAAACCUCCAUCAAAAAAUGUAUCAACAGCCUGCCGAACAGACGGGUGGACAUUCUUGUAAACAAUGCUGGUGUUGGCAUGAUUGGGCCGCUGGAGUGCCAGAGUAUCGAUGCCAUGAAGGAGCUCUUUGACACAAACUUCUUUGGUCUGGUGCGUCUGGUGAAAGAGGUGCUGCCUGACAUGAAGCAGCAGUAUAGUGGCCAUAUUGUGGUGAUGAGCAGUGUCAUGGGAAUACAGGGACUUCUGUUCAAUGAUGUCUACUCUGCCUCCAAAUUUGCUGUGGAAGGAUUUUGCGAAAGCCUGGCAGUGCAAACGCUGAAGUUUAACAUCAAGACAACUCUAGUGGAACCUGGACCUGUGGUGACGGAGUUUGAAAGAAAAAUGUAUGAAGCUGCUGAGAAGAUGGAUCUGUCAGGGACAGAUGAAGAGACUGCCAGGAUCUUCAAGGAGCUUUACCUCCCAUACUCUAAAAAGAUCUUCAUGUCUUUAAGCCAGACACCAGAAGAAGUGGCUGAGCAAACAUUUAAAGUGAUCACAGCCAAGGACCCUCCUCUGCGUCACCAGACCAACAGAUUGUACAUGCCCAUGACUGCACUGAAGCACGCAGAUCCAACCGGCCGACUGCCUCUGGACACGUUCUAUAAGAUGAUCUUUAAACACGACCAUGUAUUCAAUGCUACGCUUGGUGUUCUGCGCAUUCUGCAGAGGAGGGCGGGAAAGAAAUAAAGAUUUUAUUGUUGCUUAGAUUAGAAGUAUUAUUCAGAAGAAGACAGUCCUUGAGUGUGAUAGCUGGGACUUUAUUUUAUGAUCUUUAUAUGAUAUAUUUAUAACAUCCACCUGUAAGUCGACAGAGUGUCAUUCUGAGCAACAGUAUCUAUAGCACUGGCCAUUUUAUCAGUCCAGUAGUAACUUUAAAAGUUGUGUUAUGACUCACUUGUGUAAUAUUUGUGAACUCAACUGUCUAACAAAAUUUCCCUCAUUCCUGUAAUUUUAGGUGAAACAAGAAGUUUUAUUAUACUGUAAUGACAAAAUCU